AUGGAUAAAUUUCUUAUAAGAAAGGAGGCUAGUGGCAGCCGUGAGUCUGAUAGUGAACAAUCAUUGAACCCAACAAACUCCAAUGUAAAAAAGGCAAAAAUUCGCCAUUAUUUAAAUAGACAGUAUAAUGAGAGCUACUUGAAGUUCGGAUUUUUUUGGUCUGGAGAUGCUGCUCAACCAAAUCCAUUAUGUGUAGUUUGCGGCGAUAAAAUGUCAAAUGAAUCCAUGGUACCAAGUAAGUUAAAGAGACAUCUCACUUCUAAACAUUCAUCUCUGCAGGAUAAAGAUCUUGUAUAUUUUCAAAGGCUUUUAGAUCAGCAAUCGAAGCAGCGCAAUGUAUUUGAGAAAACAAUGACCGCAUCAGAAAGGGCUCAGCUUGCUUCAAUUGAAGUCGCAGAAAUAAUAGCAUUAAAAUCUAAAUCUCACACACUUGCUGAGUCAGUUAUACUGCCCGCUUGCAAAAAGAUUGUUAAAUCCAUGUUUGGUGAGAAAGCUGAAAAAGAAAUUAGCAAAAUCCCCUUAUCAAAUGAUACAAUACACAGAAGAAUUUUAGAUUUAUCUGAAAAUAUUGAAAAAAAGGUUCAGAAAAAACCUCAGGAUUCUACUUUUGCAUUAACUGUUGAUGAGUCCACGGAUAUAAGCAACACUAGUCACUUGCUUGCAUUUGUACGUUUUAUUGAUGGCAGUGAAAUAAUCAAUCAGUUUUUGUGUUGCAAAGGAAUGUCAACUACUACUAGAGGUCAAGAUAUUUUUGAUGUGAUAACUGACUACCUUAGAGAAAUGAAUUUAACAUGGAAAUCUUGCGUAGGCAUUUGCACUGAUGGAGCCCCAUGUAUGACAGGUUGUAUUAAAGGAUUUGUAUCUCUUGCAGAAAAAGAAAACCCAGAUCUUAUUCGUACUCAUUGCUUUUUACACAGAGAAGUUCUUAUUUAA